CCGACAUUUGCUUGUGCCAAUGCUUGUGCCAUAAAAAAUUGUUCCUGCUCAUCGGAAAGUGGCUACAUCGCCCAUUUGUGAACGAAUCUACGAAGCUAUCACGCCGUGGAGCAGCUCAACGCAAGCGCGAGUGUGUAUCGCUGAAUUGUGAAUUCAAAUGAAAACGAAGUGCAAGUGGAUGUAGAAGCAACAGUAGAAACAGCGCGAAGCAAAACGAUGACCAAGCAAUGGAACUGAAAUCGCAUAUAACUUAUAAAUACAUACGUAUAUAUUUCGCGAAUUUGUAUGCGUAAAAUUUGCAAUUUUCAAGAAAACUUGUUUGAAAAACUUAUUGUGCCAGUGCAGUUUCCAAAAAACCAAUAGAAAUCAUUGGUGGUAAGAAUUCAAUGAUGAAAUGCAACUAUAUACUUUGAUGCAUAACAAAAUAUCUUUGCAUUGCAAAGCACUUCGAGAGGACAAAAGCGUUGAAUGUACUAUAACCUUUUAUGACAUUGAACGGUAGCAAUGGCAACAGCAACAGCAAGAAAAAAAAUAGGAAGAGGCCGAUCAUUGGCACUAGAAGUAGAACAAGUCUAGCAAAUCGCAGGAAAAAAGGCUGGGUAGACUGGUUAAGCCGAUAGAUGGAUGGGAGAUUGAUAGUCUACAAGUAUAUAUGCCUAUAUAUAUAUAUAUACUUAUAUAUAUAUCGAUAUACAUAUGCAUUCAUCAUAGCAAGAUUAGGAAGGCAAAGCGAGAUAUAUGUAUUUUGAAAUUCUGCUGGUCGUAUUUAUAAAUAAUACGCCUGCAGCGCGAGACCACCAGAUAAGCAUACGGAUGCGUCUACUAGUUUGUUUUUAUACUAUCUAUGCAAUACAUAGUAUGCAUUCAUUUUUUAAUGCCAUGUAGUAUCCAAAGUAUGUACAUAUCUUUUAAUUAAAUCCGAAAUUAAUAAAAGGCAUCUUGGUUGUGCACCAAGAGCCACUCCGUAUCAUAAAUAACUCGUCCCUAAAAAACUUGUAUGUAGCUAACUGAAAAAUCAAGACAUUAAUGUAAAGUUUUUAUAUGCCAAAGAUGUUGAUUGCAAAUGCAGUUGCUGACUUCAUUUUAAUUCAUAUUUAUAUAUCGCACGUUUACUAAUAUAGAGAUGUAAUUCAAAGUUUACGUUUUUGGAGAUUUCAACAUACAAUUAAUAAGCUUGAUAAGGAGAAUAUGCUCAGCGUAACAGAUGAGUAAACUUUCCAAUAAUGGCCAAUAUAUAUAUCAUUCCAAUUGGUAUAUCAAUUGUAGGAACUGAUCAAACUUUGAAAAUUGAAAUUUUGUGUCUUGUCUUGCGAGCGACAUCGGCUUGGUCCAUAAAUAUAUGUGGGAAAGUGCGAAAAUUUUAAUAAAAGUUCUCAUACGCGUACCAAAAACUUUGUUUUGUUGUGUAAUCGCGCAGAGAUAAAAACGUUAACAUCCAUUAAAAAUAGUGCAUAGGUACAUAAGUAUCAUAAAUGCUAAGUCGUUAUAAAAAAUGUUAAAAAUAAAUAAAUAAAACUGCCAUAACGGAAUCCAAGUAAUUAUCACCAAAGUUCCACACAACUCGUCUACUGACAACGCUUAAUGGCAAUUUAGUUCUACUUGGCAUUGGCAAACCAGUUGAUGGUGUUGAGCACCAUUAUUCAGACGCUAUUCUUCACUGCUUUUUGUGGUUGCAAAUUAUUGCACUAAACUACAUAAUAUUAAAAUACAAAACAAGUGCGCGACGCAGUGAUUCCCUGUUGAACUUUUAAAUUUGACCGUCAAAAUUCCGCCAGAACCAAUGGCUAAGGACGAAGAAGAGGACGAUAUCUUGCCCGACAAGGAUGCGGCCAAAGGCUUUUAUGCAAAAUAUGAACCCAAGGAAAUAUUGGGAAGAGGCAUCAGCUCCACAGUACGCCGUUGCAUCGAAAAAGAGACAGGCAAAGAGUUUGCCGCAAAAAUCAUCGAUCUUGGCGCGGCUACCGAAGCCGGCGAAACAAAUCCAUAUCAUAUGCUUGAAGCCACAAGGCAAGAAAUUUCAAUACUCAGACAAGUUAUGGGGCAUCCUUAUAUAAUUGACCUACAGGAUGUCUUCGAGUCGGAUGCCUUCGUCUUUUUAGUAUUCGAGUUAUGUCCGAAAGGUGAACUCUUCGAUUACCUCACCUCAGUUGUAACGUUGUCCGAGAAGAAGACCCGCACAAUAAUGCGACAAAUAUUUGAAGGUGUUGAGUAUAUACACGCAAAAAAUAUUGUGCACCGAGAUUUGAAACCCGAAAAUAUUCUACUCGAUGAGAAUCAUAAUGUUAAGAUAACAGAUUUUGGUUUCGCGCGGCAACUGAAAGACGAAGAGAAAUUAACAGACCUCUGUGGUACACCUGGCUACUUGGCGCCGGAAACGCUUAAAUGUAAUAUGUUUGAGGGUUCGCCAGGUUACUCCAAAGAAGUUGAUAUCUGGGCCUGCGGAGUUAUUAUGUUCACAUUGCUGGUUGGCUGUCCGCCGUUUUGGCACCGUAAACAGAUGGUUAUGCUGCGCAAUAUAAUGGAGGGCAAAUAUAGUUUCACCUCGCCUGAAUGGGCUGAUAUAUCAGAGGAUCCAAAAGAUCUGAUUCGCAAAUGUCUAGUCGUCGACCCAGCCAAACGAAUUACAGUGAAAGAAAUAUUAAAGCAUCCGUACUUCAAUCAAAUGGUUUUAUGCCCUGAAUCGUCUUCAGAUGGCCGCACCACCUAUCAGCUCAAAUCGCAAAAUAUUCGCAACACCAGCAGCAAUGGCAAUCAGUUGUAUUAUACUCCAAGUUUUAGUAGAACUUUGACGAGCUACAAUAGCCACAGCAGACAACAUUCCACCAAUAUCAACUCUAAUAACUCCAUUAACAUAAACAACAACAACAACCGCAACAGCAUGACAAACUUGUACUUAAGCAAACAAGCGAAUAAUCAUAGCAUUAAGAAUACUCCAUCCACAACCUCAAAUUUCAACACAACAACUACUUCGAAUUGUACUUUCACUUAUCCGCAGUACAAUAACAAUAAUAGCCAAAACAAUUAUCCAAGCAAUGGCAAUAUGUAUGUAAAUUCUACGGCUGGUCCGUCUAUAUUCCUAUCAACAAACACAAAUAAUAACAGUAUUGGCAAUGUGGCGUCUAUGCCAACGCCAAUGCCGACGAUAUUUGCAACGCAGGAGCAACUAGAACAGCAACAAGACGAGCUGUUAUAUCAGCAACAGCAACAGCAGCAGCAAAAACAACAUCAACAAUUCAUGCAGCAGCCACAACAAGCUUAUGAACAACAGGUGCCAACAACGCAAUUCUACGAUCAAAACCAACUUCACCAACACCAUCACCAUCAUUAUCCGCAUCAUCCGCAUCAUCUAAAACCAUAUCUUCAUUAUUGCCAAAGCAAACAUGGCGAAAAGCCACUGCAACUAGACCAACAAGCAUCGCAAGAGCAGCAACAGAAACACGAUACAUAUCCAUUAACAGGUGUAGGCAUAUCAUCAUCAUCAUCUUCAUGCACAUUCGCUUCAUCCAGCAAGCUAACGUCAACGUCAAUGGCUACGAAAAUAGCAGCGGCAUCAACUGCGUUCGCUACGCCGGCAAACAGUUUUUCGCCUUGUUGUAUUGAGUCCCUAAAUUACUACGCACAGCUGCGUAAACAAAGUAGCUUUAAUGCACGCAAGAAAUUCCAAUUCGCCAUAUUGGUUAUACGCGCCGUGAUCAGAAUACGCCGAUUGCGCUACACCGCCGAACCUUUGCGCGUCGAUGAGGCUAUACGCGAUCCAUAUCGGGUUAAGGUGUUGCGUAAGGUGAUUGAUGGCUGUGCCUUCCGUGUCUAUGGUCAUUGGGUGAAGAAGGGCGAGGGACAGAAUCGUGCCGCACUCUUUGAGAACACACCACGCACGGAGUUGCAUGCGCUCUAUAUCAACAAUUUGAGUCGAUGAGUUUGAGUUUUUGCAGUUCCUAGAAAGUAAAUAAGUAGUAGGGAGUAGAAAAGUGGGGAAUGUAGAAAAAAACGAGAUUGGAAAGAAAGUGUUGAAACUUUUGAAAUAAUCAAGUAAAGCUAUUACCCAUUUUGCUUGCUCUUAGUGUUUAGUCAGCUGGAGAAGAAACAAUUAACUUAAGUUGAUAAGUUAACUUAUAACAAAGUUGUUUUUGAAAGAGCCAUUUUUUUAUUAUUUCUGUUUGUUUGCACUAUUUAAAGUGUAGUGAUUUUAUUUAAAGUUAUUUUUUUUUUUUUAGAAAAUAAGAAACUUUUAGUUGUAUACAUAUGUAUGUAGAGAAGAAACAAUAAUCAUUGAUUAUUGCAAUUAAGCAAAGUACUGUAGAAUUCUUUUUAUUUAGUUUUUUUUUAGGAGUUGUAUAAAAACAAGACAUAGAAGAAUGUCAACGAAAUAUGCGUUGAAUACAUCUUUAAACUGAUAUUAAUGCAUUGUUUAACACUUUUGCUUUAGUUUGUAUUAUUUAUAUACAUAGUUUAAUUUUGUUAAAUAUAAAAGCUUUGUAUUUUUAAGAGAAGAAAUCAGAAAAAAAAGAAAAUAAAAGAAAAGAAGCGAAGACCUAAAGCAAAUUAUGCAAUACCAAAUAAUUUUAUGUAAUUUAAAAUUUAAUUUAAAAGUUAACAGCGUAGAAAUAGCUGUAAAAAGCUGAACACAGCGGUGCGAAAAAAUAUUGGAAGCCACAUGGAUUUUUAAAUUAACUAAAAACAUUUGUAUGAGUAUAUUGAACAAGAAGUCUACAACUUCUUUUUAAAUCUAAAUGCAAUUUUUAUAGUUACUACUGUAAAAAUAUGUACGUACAUAUGUUGUGCUGAGCAGUUUCGUAAUUUUAGAUUCCAAAAAUUUGUUUAACCUAAGAAAUAAUUUAAACAUUUUAUAGUCAUUUGCGUGUGCUAAGUCCAAAUUUGCACAAAGUCAUAGAGCACAUAACUAUACUCAUCUACCGAAAAUAUGUCUUUUUUGAAGAAAAAUUAAGCAGAAAAAUUUUUUUUCUUUUAAUGUGUGCCAAUAUGUAUUAUUUUCUAAUUGGCGUCAAUAGAAAAAUCUCAAUAUUGCAAAGCAAAGCCUAGAAACCGCAAUUUUUUCGCUAAAAAAUUUAAAUUUAGAAACAAAUUUAAGUAGUAAAUUGAUACAAUAUCAAAAAAGGUCGAUUCGCUGAAUCAAAUUAAACAAAUAUAACAUUAUUUGCAUUAAAAAUAGUAAAAAAUAAAUAAUUCGCAGAAAAAAUUUAAAGCAACUGUACCUCUCAGUACCUCUAGAGUUUUACGCGUAUGAAUAUAUACAUACACACUUCGCAGUUUGUAAAGAAACCUUAAAAACGCCCAAACGCAUGCACUGCUGCACUAAAACAUUAAAUAAAAUCUUAAAAACAUUGUAAAA